CCUACCUAGUGCACUAGGCGUGGAUUUGACACACAGCCUUCCUCCACAGCGCGUAUAAUCAUGGCCGACAGCAUGCGAGCUCAGAAACUAGACCUCAUUUUCCAGCAUAUAAGACACUUUCCUGAUUUUCCCAUCAAAGGCAUCGUGUUCAAGGAUAUUUGUCCUAUUCUGAAGGAACCUAAAGCUCUGGCUGCAGUUAUUGAUCUGUUUGAGGAACAUGUCAGGAAAACCCACCCACAUACUGAACUCAUUGUGGGUCUGGAGGCCCGUGGCUUUCUGUUCGGCCCGCUUUUGGCCCAGAGAUUAGGAAUCGGCUUCGUCUUGGUCAGGAAGAAAGGAAAACUUCCUGGUCCCACAGUGUCCGCAUCGUACACUCUCGAGUACGGCACGGCUGAGGCGGAGAUUCAGACCGACGCCGUGCAACCAGGACAGAACGUUCUCAUCAUCGACGACCUGCUGGCUACUGGAGGAUCACUUCAUGCAGCGUGUGAGCUGAUGAAGAAACAGAAGGCUCAUGUGCUCGGCUGCUUGGUGGUGAUCGAGCUGAAGGACCUCGGCGGAGCACAAAGACUCCCCAGCCCCGUCUUUUCUUUGUUACAAUGCUGAACCUACGUUCACAUCUGUACCGAGACAUACGACGCAUUCCACGUUUACACCAAACUAUGAAUUCACAUGCAUCACACAUGCAUUGUUUUGACCUGCCAAGGGACUGCAGAUGAAAAAUAGCUCUUCAGCUAAUUCUGGCACAUUUACAUUUUGAGUGUAAACAAAAAAUGUUGAUUGAUGUGCAUUGUCCCUUUCAAAUAAAUACAUUUCUAUAAAAAAAAAA